UUCACCUCUCCCUCGAAGUUCCCGCCCCUCUCGCUGACUUCCACUGCACCCAAACGUGCCAGCUGAAACAGAACGUUCCUGCCUGCCCUGUGGCCGGCGGUGUAGUCUCUCUAGCUAUCCUCUCCCCUAGUCCCUAUACAUCCACGAGCUCGCCAUCACGAACAGCUCCCAGCGAUCCAGAGAGAAGCUACUAGCAUAGCCAUAGCCAUAGCAGCAUGGGGGUGGCCGGCGGCGGGGGGCGGCUGCGUGCGAGCAGCGCGAAGAAGCAGCGGCAGCGGACGCUGAACAACAUCAAGAUCACGCUGCUGUGCGGCUUCAUCACGGUGCUGGUCCUCCGCGGCACGGCCGGCUUCAACCUCCUGAUCAGCGGCGGCGACCUGGACGGCGCGGCGGCGGCGGCGGCGGACGCCAAGGUGGUGGAGGACGUGGAGCGCAUCCUGGCCGAGAUCCGCUCCGACUCGGAGGCGGACGACGUCGUGUUCGUGGUCGAGGACGACGGCUCAUCUCUGCCGUCGUCGUCGCCGCGGCGCAACGAGACGGCGGCGAGCUUCGGCAACUUCUCGGCGUCGGCGACGGUGGUGAAGGUGCGGGAGUACAGCCUAGGUCCCAAGCUGACGGACUGGGACGCGCAGCGGCGGGAGUGGAUGUCGCGGCACCCGGAGUUCCCUCCGCUCGACCCGCGGCGUGGUGGCCGGCCGCGCGUCCUCCUCGUCUCCGGCUCCCCUCCUGGCCCCUGCGACAACCCCGUCGGCGACCACUACCUCCUCAAAUCGACCAAGAACAAGAUCGACUACUGCCGUCUCCAUGGCAUCGACGUGGUGCACAACAUGGCGCACCUGGACCCGGAGCUGACGGGGUACUGGUCCAAGCUGCCCCUGGUGCGGCGGCUCAUGCUGGCGCACCCGGAGGUGGAGUGGAUCUGGUGGAUGGACAGCGACGCCAUCUUCACGGACAUGGCGUUCGAGCUCCCACUGUCCCGCUACGACGGCGCCAACCUCGUCAUCCACGGGUACCCGGACCUGCUGUUCGAGAAGAGGUCAUGGAUCGCGCUCAACGCCGGCAUCUUCCUCCUCCGGAACUGCCAGUGGUCGCUGGACCUGCUGGACGCCUGGGUGCCCAUGGGUCCCCGAGGACCGUCGCGCGUCGAGGCAGGGAAGCUGCUGACGGCGAGCUUGACGGGCCGGCCGGCGUUCGAGGCCGACGAUCAGUCGGCGCUCAUCCACCUGCUGCUGAUGCAGAAGGAGAGGUGGAUGGACAAGGUGCACGUGGAGACGGAGUUCUACCUCCAUGGAUUCUGGACGGGGCUGGUGGACAGGUACGAGGAGAUGAUGGAGGAGCACCACCCGGGGCUCGGCGACGACCGGUGGCCAUUCAUCACGCACUUCGUCGGCUGCAAGACCUGCGGCAGGUACGAGGAUUACCCGCUGGACCGGUGCGUCGGCGGCAUGGAGCGCGCCUUCAACUUCGCCGACAACCAGGUGCUCCGGCUGUACGGAUUCCGGCACCGCUCGCUCACCACCGCCAAGGUCAGGAGGGUCACCGACCCGGCCACCAACCCGCUCAUGGCAAAGGAGGCGGCGCUCAAGAUGGACGCCAAGUUCUCCAGCAACUAGAAGACAGAGUUAUACGAGUUUUGAAUUUUGAUUGAGCAAGCAGUUCUUUUGCGUUUUGUUUUGUCUUGUCUUAGCUUUCUGUUUUUGCAAAAGCUAUAGCGCACUCGAAAGGAACUUUGAUGUUGUAUGUUCUGAAUUUCUGAUGCUUUCAGUUGGACUGGAUUCAGAGAAAAAUGAAACAGGGCAGAAGAUUCAAACAAUGUGACUGUGAA